AUGUCUGCGCCUUUGCUCAACUCUAUCAUCAAGACCAAUGGCCAGGAUUGUCUUGUCCGCUUCCGCUACGACGUCUGGACUCAUCUUUUCGACUUUGAUGAGGACUUGAAGAUCAUAUACACAGAUUGUAUGAAUGUUGAGGCAAGUUUCGUAGGAAGCUGGAUCUUUACAUGGCCAUGCAUGGAGGUGUUCAGGACGGUGGGGUCUUUGGUUUCCUCGAAAUUUAAUAUGGAACUAUUAUAUAUACUUUAAGGUUGGAGACCAAGUCAUCUACUUUCUCGAACCUUUCGAACAGACCAGGAUAACUUCAAAUGCCCAGCUGGAGUCUCUGUUGCCAAGCUCCGGAACUGUCACUCUGAUCCUGAGGAAAUGGCCGAAUCCCGUGAACGUCGUCACAAAAGACGAGAUUGACAAGGCAGAAAAGGCGCUGGUAAGCUUAUUUUUGAUUAAAUUUUCGUUUGUAUAACAAAAUUGACUGGGAAAAGUGUUUUUAUCCGGCUCCCAUAAUUUGGACGUCGUAUCUACCCAUUUUUUAAAUAUUUUUUUUUUUCACUAUCGAAUUACAACUCCUGCCCCUUUCAGAAGCCACCGAAGCGCAAGAACGCUGAAGACUUGUACCCGGACAAAAUCAAUCUUGGCAAAUCCACUAUGGGAGCACAUCGAGCUUGA